ACAUCAACACCGAUAGUACCUAUAAAUGGUUAUAAUAUGGCAUUUGAUAACAUAAUGAUGAGUCAAGUGUUUCCCGAAACAAACAAUAUUUACCGAAACGGUGUUAACAUAAAUCCCAAUUCUUUUACUGUUGUUUGGAAGGACGUGACCUACAAAGUACGGCACCGACUGUUUCGCGAACGGAUUAUCAUUAACAAUGUUAGCGGCUUUUUUAAAAGCGGUCAAAUAAUGGCCAUUAUGGGUCCGAGCGGGUGCGGCAAAUCAUCACUGUUAAAGUGUUUGUCGGGCAACAAAAAAGCAGGCGUUUCCGGUUCGGUCACUGUUUCUACUAAACGAAAGCUCAAAGUUGCGGUCAUACAACAGGACGACUAUUUGGACAAACGGUUGACAGUAAGAGAAUCGUUGAAUUAUGCCUCACGGCUGAAGAAUUUGGCUGAAAUUGAUCACAAGUCUAAUGUGGAAUCGGUUCUCAAAAAAUUGGAAAUUGAGAAAUGUGCGGACAUACGCACCAAACGAUGCUCAGGUGGUCAACGCAAACGGGUAUCUAUAGCACUGGAACUGCUUUCCCGGCCAAACAUACUGAUUCUUGAUGAACCCACCAGUGGUCUCGAUUCGGUGACCACUUGGCAAUUGGUCAAUAUGUUGGUCGAUCUUACCAAACAUCCGACAAAUCCGAUUGCAAUAAUAGCCACUAUUCAUCAGCCAAGUGGCCGAUUAUUUAAUUUGUUUAACUCUGUAUAUAUCAUGUCAUUUGAUGGCCAGUGUAUGUAYCAGGGUGUGCCGCAAGCUUUGGUCAACUUUUUGGGCCAAUACGGACUCAGAUGUCCAAAGUUUCACAAUCCGUCUGACUUUGCACUGGAAGUGGCCUCUAAAGAGCACGGCAUCGGACGGGUAUUACUAUUGUCGUCUAUUAUGAAAAUAGAAGCACUGGAUCUGGUGGCACAUCCUUAUAGAAUUGUACCAUAUUUUAGUUAUAAUACUUUACGUGAUAUAUGGAUACUAACUAAAAGGUCAUUCAAGUUAUCUUAUCGGGACAUCUGGAUGUUACCACUCCGUGUGAUUGCACACAUACUAACAAUUAUACUAAUCGUACUGUUCUGGGGUUCGGAAAGUGGUCACCUAUCUGGAUGUCCGUCAGAUUUUAUUGGUGAUUCGGGCUCCUAUGUUGAAAACUUUGACAAAGUCAGCAAUAAACUUAUUGAAAACUACGGGUGCAUUAUCUUUAUAAUAAUGUUUACAUGGUUUGGCUCCAUAUUUGCCGUUUUGCUAACGUUCCCCUCGGAAAUGAAUCUCGUUAUUAAGGAAUACAGAAACGGUUGGUACUCAUGCUUCUCCUAUUACAUGGGACGUGUCAUUGUCGACACAUUUUGGCAAUUUAUAAUACCAUUGAUAUUUGUCAUACCUUGCUAUGUAUGGACCGGUCAAUACUGGGAUGAAGAUAAUCAGCGAUGGCGUCUCUAUUAUUUUAUUGUUAUUUGUCUAUUGAUAGCACUGACCUCGUCAUCAAUGGGCUUUGUAUGGAGUGCCUGGCUUAUGGAGUCACCGACUGCAGCCGCUUUUCUGGGCGUUAUGAUGGGCUUUCCUUUAUUUUUAUUUUCAGGUUUUAUGAUACCAGUCAAGGAUAUGCCAAAAGUAUUUCAAUACGCAACUUACGGCAACUUUAUAACUUUCGGGUUAGAAGCGGCCACUACUACGGUGUUCGGGUGGGAUCGUUGUCGGAAAAACAAAGGGACGUCUAUUGAUUUAAUGUCGUUAAUCACACCGAAGCAGAUGACAGACAUACUGGCCUCCGAUCAUAUCAAUGUCAAUUCAUUGAUGGAUCUCAUGUCACUGUUUGGUGGUAUGACCUCUGAGGCCAAGUCGGUGAUAAUGAAGCGAAUGCAAUAUGAAGACAAUGACUUUUAG